UGGAAGGAGUAGGUGUGCCCAAACUUUUGACUGGUACUGUCUAUAAUAUGGUCCUUGUUCUUGUACUUUCGGUAGGCCAGGCAAUGACAUGGACUCUAUUUCUACCAGUUGGUCUGACUGAAAGUACUGCGUGUUAUUUUUUCAUUGCUGGUAGUAAAAAAAAGCAGAAGCUGGAAAGCCUUUCCAGAACAAUCCUCUUAACUUUCACUUUCACAUGGAAUUUGUUAUCAGGUUUCAGUACGUGGGUGAGUUAGAUCUUAGCCAAUAGGAGUCAUUUUAGUAUACUAUGUGUGUGUGUUUUUAUGAGUGUGUGUGUGUGUUUUUGAGUGUGUGUGUGUGUGUGGCUGCAUGCGUGCAUACGUGUGUGUGUUGGUUGUUCCAGCGGAAGAUUGCGUUAGCGUAAGGUAAUUCUAAUCAGUUUGUGUGUGUGUGUGUGUGUGUGCGCGAGUGUGAGUGCACCUUUAAAGGUGAUUUCCGAUCUCAAAAGAAUGUGAAUACUGUCCAGAUGUUUCUCCCCCUUUGCGUCAGAGGCUAAAUUAACCUUCAUUGUCACUGCUGUGGUGAAGAGCAGGAACCCAAACCUAUAGCAGACAGAGAAACACGUACACACACACACACCCACACACACGCAUACACGCACAAACACACACACACACACAAUCACAUACAUAUCUACAUUUUUUAAGAAAGUGUGCAUUGCCUGGGUGAGAGCAGGAAACAACAUGACUACCCAGGGGGUCCUCUUUAAUAACGACACACAUUUAUUCCAGUGUUGAUUGAAGGGGACAUCCCCUUGUUUCAUCUGUCAAACUCUCUCCACUCCGCUCAUCUCUGUACCUCACCACAUAGACUGGGGGAGGAGAGAUAGGCACAAUUUCUUAUGGGACAGCCUUUAAUUGCUAAAAAUGUAUUUCAAUGUUUUUCAGUUACUUUCAACCAAGCUAUGAUAUAUAUAUAGGGCUCCUGCGUGGUGUAGGAGUCUAAGGCACUGCAUCUCAGUGCAAGAGGCAUCACUACAGACCCUGGUUCGAUUCCAGACUGUAUCACAACCGGCCGCGAAUGGGAGUUCCAUAGGGCGGCGCACAAUUGCCCAGCAUCAUCCGGGUUUGUUCGGGGUAGGCCAUCAUUGUAAAUAAGAAUUUGUUCUUAACUGACUUGCCUAGUUAAAUAAAGGAUAUAUACAUAUAACUUCAUAAUAAUGUGAUACAUAUCUUCCCCUCCUUUUUUAUGUCUUUUUAGUAGGUCUUUUGAUGGGGGCUACAAUCAUAUUAAUGCUUUAUGAAAUGAAAUGAUCUGUAGGCCUAUGUGGCCCUGGGACUUUUACAACCCUUCAUGAAAUAAACGGAUGUUUAGCUAUUCAUCCUGAAAGAACAUUACUGUGGUGCAUGAAACUCCACCCACCGCACGAGGAAGGGAAAGACAUUGUCUAGGCUACUCAGUCAUCAGGAAAAUAAACCAGGCUGACAGCUAACUGAUAAUAGAUGACGUUACAUAUUGAACAAUUACAUCAGUUGUUUCGAAAUGCUAUAAAUGGCAUGCAAUAUUUGAUCAUACCUGAACGGACUGUAAGCCUAUAAGGUGGAGAGAUGUCUUGUUUUACAAAAGAAUAGAUGGAGGAGCUGGUCAAGAAAAUGCGUUUGAGAGAGUGGCUGAUAGCGCAGAUAGACAGCGGAAAGUAUGCAGGACUUACCUGGGAGAACGAAGACAAAACUAUGUUCAGGAUCCCAUGGAAACACGCGGCAAAACAGGACUAUAGUCUGAACGAAGAUGCAGCACUAUUCAAGGCGUGGGCAGUGUAUAAGGGGAAGUAUCGGGAGGGGAGGGACAAGGCAGAUCCCACCACCUGGAAGACUCGUCUCCGCUGUGCCUUCAACAAGAGCACAGACUUCAAAGAAGUCCCAGAGCGCAGCCAGUUGGAUGUAUCCGAGCCCUACAAGGUCUACCACAUCCAGGCAGAGCCAGAGACAGGCAGAGACUCAGAAUCUCCUCAGCCUGAGAGUCAGGUGAUCAUCCAGACCAGCCGCUCCAGUGUUCCACUGAGGAACAUUGUCACACACCAUCCACAGUUUGGCUACAAUAGUGAAUCAGAGGCCAGGGAUGGAAGAGUCAACUCCAGAGAGGGCUUGGCAGGGGACCAUGUGUACCACUGGUCCAACACAGGGAAUCCUCAGAGGGACGGCUCUGCUCCUCUCUCCAUAGUCGUCCCUACACCACAGAUCUCUGACUUGCGUGUGCGGGUGUGUCUGUUCUAUCAGGGCCAGCUAGUAGUGGAUGUGACCACCAGCACCCCAGACGGCUGUUUCCUCCUGCAGGGUCAGGUGCCCCUGGGGAAUGAGAGGAUCUAUGGACCCUGCACAGCCCAACAGGUUCCUUUCCCCCCUCCAGGGGUCAUCCAUCAUCCCCCGGGCAUUGCUGAAGCCAUGGGCCGCCUGCUUCCCCACCUGGAGAGGGGCGUCCUGGUGUGGGUUGCUCCAGACGGGGUGUUUAUCAAGAGGUUCUGCCAGGGCAGGGUGUACUGGAGUGGCCCCCUGGCCCAACACACAGACAGGCCCAACAAACUGGACAGGGAGAGGACCUGCAAGUUGCUGGACACAGCUAUAUUUCUGAAGGAGCUCCAAGACUAUAUCCAAGGGGCGGGACCCAAACCUCGCUAUGAGAUUGACCUCUGCUUUGGUGAGGAGUUCCCUGACGCCAGCCAACAGAAAACCAGGAAACUGAUCAUUGCACAGGUGGUGCCCCUGUUUGCUGUCAACCUACUGCAUAGGUGUCUGAGGAUGGGGACAGAGGGGAGACCACGCCUUCACACACACAAGACCAUGGGGGAAGAGGGAGAGGGUCAGCCACACUCCCUACCCCAGCGGUAAGGAGCCCAGGAACCCCUCUGAGUAACCCCUGGGGAACAUCACCAGUCCCCCCUGGUGGCCCCUCCUGUCCCAGCUUAGCCAGCCAUGAUGAGGGGUGAGUGGAGGCUCAAGACACGGUCAGUGUAGGUUUACUGUAUGCCCUGUGGAAAGCAACAUAUACCUCAACCUUAAGAGAGCAGAGAACAAUAUGAUACGACACAGGUAGGAGCAAGUAUGCAGAUAUUUCUCACAUAGUUUUCUUAAAUCGAUAAUCUGCAGUUGCUACAUCUAUUAAAAAAAUCUAGAAAAAAGUAGGAUAUGUUGCAAAUGAUUAUUGAAGAAUAAAACUUCUAAAUGUCUCAUGAGGUUAGUUCAACAAAAUAUAAGCUUGUUUAACUGCAAUGUUUGUAAACAAAGUAAAUGUAAACAAACAAUGUAUAGCCUCAAGACAUGGUUAUACCUAUAAUUUUGAUAUCAUGGAUGGUCAGUCCUCACAUCAAUAGCGCUGUCUAUGAAUUUGAGAUUGGUUACAUUCCUCUAGCACUGUAAUCUACAGAGAAAGUCAUAAUUUUGCCAGUAAAUGUUUGACAUCUGUUGUCAUUAUGUUAUUAUGUUCUCAAUGUGUUGUUUAAGUAUUUUUUUUUACAGUAUCUUGUACAAUGUGAAAAACUUCCAUUUACCUCAUAAUCAACUUGUGAUAGAAAUGUACAUUGUGUUUGGAAAGUAUUCAGACCCCUUGACUUUUUUGACAUUUUGUUACGUUACAGCGUUAUUAAAAAAUGUAAAACAUCAUUUUUAUCCCUCAUCAACACAAUACCCCAUAAUGACAGAAGCACCUUAUUUACACAAGUAUUCAGACCAUUUGCUAUGAGACUUGAAGUUGAACUCAGGGGAAUCAUGUUUCCAUUGAUCAUCCUUGAGAUUUUGUAGAACUGUAGUCCAACUGUGGUACAUUUAACUGAUUGGACAUGAUUUGUAAAGGCACACAACUGUCAAUAUAAGAUCUCACAGUUGACAGUGCAUGCCAGAGCAAAAACCAAGCCAUGAGGUCAAAGGAAUUUAGAGAGCUCCAAGACAGGAUCGUGUCGAGGCACAGAUCUGGGGAAGGGUACCAAAAACGUUCUGCAGCAUUGAAGGUCCCCAAGAACAAAAAAGUGGCCUCCAUCAUUAUUAAAUGGAAGAAGUUUGGAACCACCAAGACUCUUCCUAGAGCUGGCCAAGCUGGCCAAAUUGAGCAAUCGGGGGAGAAGGGCCUUGGUCAGGGAGGUGACCAAGAACCCGAUGGUCACUCAGACAGAGCUCCAGAGGUCCUCUGUGGAGAUGGGAGAACCUUCCUGAAGGACAACCAUCUCUGCUGCACUCAACCAAUCAGGCCCGACGGUACAGUGGCCCGACGGAAGCCACUCCUCAGUAAAAGACACAUGACAGCCUGCUUGGAGUUUGCCAAAGGCACCUAAAGCACUCUCAGACCAUGAGAUUCAAGAUUCUCUAGUCUGAUGAAACCAAGAUUGAACUCUUUGGCCUGAAUUCUAAGCGUCACGUCUGGAGGAAACUUGGCACCAUCCCUACGGUGAAGCAUGGUGAUGCCAGCAUCAUUCUGUGGAGAGGUUUUUCAGCGCAGGGCCUGGGAGACUAGUCAGGAUGAGGCAAAGAUGAAUGGCGCAAACUACAGAGAGAUCCAUUGAUGAAAACCUGCUCCAGAGCACUCAGGACCUCAGAUUGGGGGCGAAGGUUCACCUUCUAUCAGGAUAACUACCCUAAGCACACAGCCAAGACAAUGCAGGAGUGGCUUUAGGACAAGUCUCUGAAUGUCCUUGAGUGGCCCAGCCAGAGCCUGGACUUGAACCCGAUCGAACAUCUCUGGAGAGACCUGAAAAUAGCUGUGAAGUGAGCUCCCCAUCCAACCUGACAGAGCUUGAAAGGAUCUGCAGAGAAUAAUGGAAGAAACUCCCCAAAUACAGGUGUGCCAAGCUUGUGGUGUCAUACCCAAGAAGACUCGAGGCUGUAAUCGCUGCCAAAGGUACUUCAACAAAGUACUUAGUGAAGGGUCUGAAUACUUAUGUAAAUGUGACAUUUCUGUUUUUAUUUAAAUAUGCCAAAACUUCUAAAAAACUGUUUUUGCAUUCUCGUUAUGGGAUAUUGUGUGUAGAUUGACGAGAAAAAUAGAUGUAAUACAUAUUUUAAUAAGGCUGUAACGUAACAAAAUGUGCAAAAAGUCAAGGGGUCUGAAUACUUUCUGAAUACACUGUACGUACAGCCAGUCUAGUAAACAUAUAAAUGGUUUCAUGUCCAUAAUGUGAUGUUUGAACCUGUCACAGAUGUAUAGACCUGAUUAUAGAUCAAAUUAAUCAUAAAAAAAUAAUUUAAAUAAAAACUUUUCUCUUGUCGUGUUAUAACUAAA